GAUGGAAUCCAUUUUCCUUGGUGUUGUUGUGACAUUUUGCUCUGUUCUUGUCCUUAGAAAAAUGAAAUACUAGUGAAUAAAAUUGUAUUAAUCCUAAGAAAUUCAACGACAUAAAUGUGUUAUGCUUUAUCUUAAAACUACAAAUACAUUUUAAAAUAGAACUGUGUAACAGUGGAAACGAAUGCACGAUGGGUUGAAAUUGUGACUGUUGUCGGCAUAAAUACAUUAUUUUAAUUUCAAGACUGCUCACGCUCUACCUUAGAAAUAAGAAUAAUAAACACAUACUUCCACAAUGGAGCUUGAUGUAUCUCCUGCAAAUGUAGAGGAGAACGAGAUGGAAUUCUCCGACAAUUCCUCAGAGAGUAAAUACUUAUCCUGUAAUAUCAGUGAGCAGUAUUCCGUUGUACGCAUUCCAGAAGACGGUGAGGCACCUGAACCAAAAUCGAGCAAGCACUCAUCGCGGAAACAGUCAAAACGAAGAAAAAAGAGUUCAAAUCAUUCAAGGCCUCUACCAAGGAUUAUAGUGAAGCCUUUACCACCUCCUCCACCACCAGAGGCCAGGGAAUGGACGGCAGCUACGACUUACAUGGAGACAAAUACUAGUUCUAAUAAACUGUCUACAAUGCGCGAGGUACUUGCCAGUAUACCAGGAUUCUGUCUCAAGCCUCGCAAACGAAGUGGGAAGAAGUUAUCUACUGCUGCACAGUUGCAGCAAACUAGAGAAGGCUGCAUAGAUUUAGAGACCCCCGAUUCAAUAUUAGUUAACACUAACAUUAGAGCACUACUAAACAAGCAUACAUUCUCAUUACUUCCGCCUCUGUACCAGUACAAGCUUGGGCAGCUGCUUCCAAGUGUGGAUCGCCCUAGCCCUUCUGGUCGCCUAAGUUCUUCUAGUCUAAAUAAUGAAUUCUUUGCCCGAGCCUGUCUAGAGUGGCAGGAGAGUCUAUCGGGUGGUGAAUUUACUCCUGAAAAUCAGCAGAAAAUAAAGUCGGAAGUAGAGAAAGAAAAAAGCAAAAUUGACCCAUGGAAGUUAAAGCAUUUUGAACCCUUUUGGGGCGAAAAAUUUAGAACAGAGAAAUCUUCCCUUAAUUUAAAUUCAGAAAGACCUUCAUUAAAAACAACUAUUAAAUUGAGACCCACAGCAUCCAUUACAAGCACUAGUACUGUUCCAAAGAUUAAGAAAAGUAAAUCGUCCAGUAAUAGUAAAAGAUUAAGGAAUGUAGGGGCAGUAACCCGGUCAUCCGCCAAAGCAGAUGAUGUUGUAGAGGAAUCUCCUAUCAAUGCCAAGUCAUCAGCACCAGUCCCGGAUUUACUCCCUCUCAAACAUGCCAAGUCUCAAAGGGGCUAUGUAGAAUGUCAAGUUGACUUUAAUUUCUCUGACUCCUCAUCGGCACCUAGGUUGGAUGACUCUGUUCCUUCCACACCUGUGGAUCCCCUGUUGCUACCAGAUGCAGAAGCAGAAAGAAGUGAAGUUAAACAAGAGUUAGACCUUAAUGUUGUAGCUAUUGAAGAGUCAAGUGCAUCUAUAGAAAAUGAAAAAAAUAAAACUGACACAGAAGCUUUAUUUUCUGAAACUGCUAAGAGACUAAGUGAUGACAAUGAUAAUGAAAAUUGUAGUAUAGCAAAGAGAACCAGGUAUGAAGAUGAAGAAGUAUUUAAUUAUUUAGGUUUUUUAACACAGAAUGUAGAAGAGGCAGGAAGCAAUAACUGUUCUGAUGGUGAAACAAAUGAUCCCAAUGAUCAGAUUUGUCCAAGUGAUGAACACACAUACCCUGAACAGGACCAUUUGGACACAAAUAGUGAAGACAGCAAGGCAACCGCUUCUGUGUAUGAAUAUGAUGAAAGAAGUGUAUCCUCACUAUCAAGUUUGAAAAUUGAUAAUAAUGUCAGUAACAUUGGAACAGGUGAAGAAGCGAAUGCCAACAAUGACACUCUGCAAGGUGAGAAUUCAGUCACAGAAAUGGAGAGCCCUUGCAAUGUUAAAGAUGAAACUAAAGACUCUCCAGCUCCUGUUUCACCUCAAGCUUUCAUACAAGAACAGUUUUCUACAGAAGAUAAAAAUGUUUCUAAUUUUGAUAUUGCUUCACCACAAAAUACUGCAACUGAAGAUGUUAAGAAAGAAUCAUAUCACACGCCUGAACAAGGAAUAAAUAGUCAAAAUGUUCAACUUCAUGAACAUCCUAAUGAAAAAGAGAAUGAGGAUAGUUGUGAUAAAUUUGAAAAAAUAAGAUCAACUGAAAAUAUUGUACAUAAUUACUAUGAUGAGCACUUUAAGGAUGCAGAGUCCUUUAUUUUGGAGACAGGAGGAUUGUCAAUACUGAAUUCUCAAUGUGAAGAUGUAAAGUAUGUAUCUCAUCCCAAUUUAAUGGAAUUAUCAUCAUACAUGAGUGAGACAAAUGUUACUGCUGUUGUGACCAUGCCUAUGCCCCAGAAUUCAUCAAUACCUAUUAUGGAAGUUACCAACACAUCUAUGGUGUCAUAUCCUGAUGACAACAUGCAGGACCCAGCAAAACCAAAAACUUCAGCAGUAUCAUGGAAAACCGAGAACAAUUUGACAAAUGAUGUCAUCACCUUACACAAUUUCUCAAACGCAAACAUAGAAAAUUCAAAAUAUCUAAGUGAAGAUUCAAAAACAAGCAUGGAGGACACAAACAUAAAUGAGGAUAAUUGUAUGUAUAAAGAAGAUAGAGAUGCAAAUUUUAAUAUGGAGUCCUCAAAUUCAUCAGAAAGCUGUCAGUCAAUGAAAGAUGCUUCGGUAAAGCUAGAGUGUGAACCGGCAACUAGUCUAGUGUCUAGUACUACGGCCACUAACCCACCUGUGAGUUCAACUACUAUGACAAAUAUUAUGAGGCCAUCAGGGAAAAAGUCGAAAUCGGGAAAGGAAUCAAACAGAAGCCGCAGCUCGAACAAAGUCCCCCCUGGCGCCGUGAACCUCGAGCGCAGCUACCAGAUCUGCCAAGCCGUGAUCCAGAACAGCCCCAACCGCGACGCGCUGCGCGGCCAGCUGCGCCCGCCGCCCGCGCUGCUCACGCGGCCUGCGCGUGCGCCGCGCCCGCCCGCGCUGUCUGCGCCGCCGCCGCCCGUGCUGCUGAGGCAGCUGCCAGUCUCUGUCAUACCGCACAAUGAGAUGAAUGAUAACAGAGCCAACAACAUGGGACAAUACAUUCUUGUCCAGCGGACUCCUAACGUAGCACCAAGGGCAUCUAGCGCACCGCCAGCUAAUCAAAACACCAAUGUUAGCCAGACGCGAUGCCGCAGCGUGGGCGCGGACGACGCGUGCGUGUGCAACCUGCGCGCCAUGAUCCUGUGCAAGAAGUGCGGCGCCUUCUGUCACGACGACUGCAUCGGGUCGGCCGAGCUCUGCCUCACCUGUCUCAUACGCUGACACGAAGCGGCGCCGAACGCGCUCAGCCCCAACUCUUUAAAAACUCUUGUGUGAAGUGAAAUGUGUCCACAGCGGGGCCUCGCCUCACAUCACACGGCUAUCUCGCGCUUGACCCGGCGAGCGCUCAAGGAAGUUUUUGUACUGUAAAAGUAAAGUUCGGCUCAGAGAAGUGCCCUGUCUCUGUCUCAGUGACUCGCUACUCAGUGAAUUCUCUCACAAACUCUCGUGAUUUGGCGUUGUAUAGUGUUUGAACAUGUGUGGAAUGUGGUUUUCAGAUGUGGUGCUAUCAUUUUGAAGAGUGAGAGUCGCACGUGUAGAGUAGAUGACGCCGGUAUCAACUAGCAUUGUAUUCACUAAAGUAGUUUAAUGAUAGUCCCAGAUAAUUCACGCUAAUAUAAUCGAAAUCUUCAGAUGAGGGUGCAGCUUAACUAAACGUCGUAAAAUAGGUCUUUUUCCAUUUAAGUAUUAAUUAUUUAUCGACAAUAGAAAUAUUUUUACACUGUUAAGCAAAACAAGAGAGAUGAUUAGUAAUUUCGUAAAUAGAUUUGCACAUCACAUUAUUAGAUUUUAAUGUUCAUUUUGCACAACUAUGCCAUUUUUUAAGGCUCAUUAAUCUUAUUACAUUAUUUAUUUCAUAGAACAGUAAAAAAUUUCAUUUGAUAAUUUUCUCUACUUAGAGAGUCUUACUGUUGUAAUUGAAUCAUUUGUUAAUUUUUAUUGAAAAUAAGGAUCAUAGUUCUUGAUAAGAGUACAUGCGAGGAAAAUUAGAACUUAAGCUAGGUAUAGUAAUGAUUUUGCCAUUAUAUUUUUAAUAUCUGAUUAUCAUCACAAGUUAGUAUUGUUUUUAGUUUGUAUAGUUUUUUAGCCGAGCGUGAGGCUCGCCUCUCAGGGGCCGCGGCAGCAGAGAUGCGGACUGCUUCCUAGUUGUAUGUCUUCAUUAAGGACAUGUACAGAUAUUUAUUGACGAAAGAUAGCAUGGUCGCGUAUUAUAGAAGACUUUUAAUCCAUAGCCGCUGUUUUCCGCUCUUUCUAACAAAUAUGGUUGUUUGAAAAAGAGGCAUACAUUGAUUGCAAGUUACAAGCCUUUUUUAAAACGCGACCCAGGUGGUUAACACAUCGGGUCGAAUUGUAAUAUUACAAUGGAGGGUUCUAUACAUUUGUAUAAGUAUUUACUAUAUUAAAGUAUGGACACGAAAAAAUCUGGUCAUGCAUGAUAUGGUAAAACUUAAUUUAAAUGAAUGAGGAUUUUCAAGCAGCACUUUUUUUAAUGAUUUGUGGAUAUCAAACUACAUACCAACUGCUUGUGAGUUUUAGCAUUAUAUAUUUUGUUGAAAGCGUUUUCUGAUAAUCUUCACUCACUACCUGCUACAAUUGUUUUAUAUUUUCACAAGUUGUUUUAAUCGCAAUAGAAUGUCAUCUUACCAAAAGAAAUACUUGUUUUAACACUUUCUAUUCCAAGCACUGAAAGUUGUUUUUAUAUGGAAGGCAUUUUUCUGUAAAAAGGCAAAUACACGAUAAUUAAAAAAACAGUGGAACUACCUCAAUCUGAAGUCAACUAGAAAAAUGUUAUGUAAUGUAAAUACUAUUGUGAAAGAACGAUGUAAUAGGGUAUAAUAUGAAAUAUCAGGUUUAAAAUAUAAUAAAAAAAUUAACAGGAAAAUUUGGUAAAUACUGUCCGAAGACGCUGUUCAAAAAAACAUAGGUAUGGCGGAAUACUCACAAACAACAUUGUAUUAUUUUUGUAUUUUUUAUUAUGAAGUUUGAUAUCCACAAAUCAUACAAAAAGUGCUGCUUGAAAAUCCUCAUUCAUUUAAAAGAUUUACCAUAUCAUGCACGACCAGAUUUUUUCGUUUCCAUACUUUACUUGUUAUAUUUAAGUUUUUCAUUAUGGCGUGUACACUAAUACGACACUAAGUUAUGCAAUAUAUUUAUAGCUGUCUAUCAUAUUUUUGUAAGGACAUUUUACAGAUUAAUAUUGCUUUUGCCAAUUUAAGACUUGGAUUGAAAUGAACAUGAUCCAUGUAAACUCAGAACGAACUCUUGAUUUUACAUGGCCUGUCGUACGACACGUAACAUUUAGCGCAAUAACGAUAUUGUAACGAGAUAACUGAAAUAUGAAAAAGUAACUGAUUCAAUAUAAUUAUGUUAAUUAGAUAGCGACCAUAUAAUGGCUAUGCCUAGAUUGUUCACAUAGCAAUGCCUUAAGUGAUGAUUUCUAGACACCCUAUCUCAUCAAGGAUGUUACAAUUAUAAUAAUAAGCAAUCUUAACAUAUAUAAUAUAGGCAUUUAAUAUAACGUAUUGCUCACUCUGUUUCAAUCAGAAAAUAUAUAAUACAUAUAUCACACAUUAAUAACUGUUAACAUUGUUUUACAUGUAUGUAUACAUAGUGUCACAAUAUACUAUUAUUUAGAUGUUAACAAAUGCCUCCAACAUACCUAUUGAGAAUCAAGCAUGCUACUUUUUUUAAAAUUAAAUAUGCCCUAGCAUAGUACGAUCUAUCGCCGAUUUAAAGGGCUUAUUACACUUUGCUAAAUUUAGUGACUAACAAGAGGGACACCGCUAUACGUGAGACGCGAUAAGAGAUACAUCCUAUCGUUUCUCACUUAUAGCGGCGUCCCUCUUGUUAGUCACUAAAUUAGGAUAGUAUAAUAAGCUCUUAAAACAAUUGUUUCUUUUUAGCAAGUUUGUAACUAUAGUUGGUCAAACACAAAUUGUCAGUAAAUAACAGGUACAACAACAAAAAAAAACUAUUCUCAUCCCUUUCCCAAAGAUAGUAUGAUUCCCUCUGUCUAUGUUUGAAAUGAGACAGUCCUUUGACAAACUAUAUAAUUACAAAUUGAAUGAAUGGUUCCAUUUGGUGAUAAACCAUACUAUGGUAGGCGGACUGGGAGAGAUAUUUAGUGGUAUAAAUAGCAAAACUUUCAUUAUUUGAGUUGUGAAACCUUAUAUAUCACAAAAAUUGACUAAGAACUAGAAUAAAAUUGUAAUAAAAGUAACAUUUCAUUUGUAAUGGCUGAAACUUGUGAGCUUUGAGAUAUGUCAGAAAUAUGUCACCAUCCAUAUUGAAUAUGUGCAUGCAUUACAUUAUAUAUCACAUACGUUAAGUAAGUACCUAUACUAAAGUAAGGACUCUAAGCACUUAAGAAUUUCGCACAUGAACCCAGGCGGGUUCAUGUGCGAUAGGAACAUUCGUUCCUAUCUCUAUCGCAUGCGCAUAAUUAUAUUGCUGUCUCGCUCGCACAGUGGCAUUGACCCCCUGUGGCAUCAUAGGCGGGACACGAUACUUAUAAUUAUGCGCGUGCGAUGGGGAUAGGAAAUGGCGUGUCAAUGUACAAAAUUUGUUCGUGCAUAGCGUCCUUACUUUAACACUAAGCAUUUAAUGCUUUGUGUCAAUUAAGACGAAAGUGGACGACCCGCGCGAAAUCACCUUUUCAUACAAACGUAAUCCUCAUUUUCCUCUCUCGAUAUUUGUAUUUGACACAAUUUGUUGUAUAUCAACCACAGCUAUGCUCCUACGAUUUUUUCGAAUUUCUAUAAUAAUUAAAAUUUUGUAUUAAAUCUGUUUUUCGCCCCUAAUUUUUACAAUAAUCAAAAAAUCGAAAAAAAUAAAUUAUGCAAAAAUAUUUUCCAUAAAUCAAUAUCCAGAGAGGAAAAUGGGGACUACGUUUAUAUGGCGAAGCGGCCGUCCCCUUUCCUCUUAAGGUAUACAACUGUAUGUAAUAUGUAUGUAUGGACUUGGAUACACUGUAGCUCCAUGUGCGAACCUACACAGACAACUGAUUUUGAUAAAUAUUGUCCAGAGACAAUUUUUUUGCGACAAAGUAUCAGCAACUAAUUAAUCAACCAUUUGUGUGUACCUUCGUAUAAAUAAAUAGCGUAUUCCAUUUUGCUCAUAUUUUUUAGUUACCGAUUCGCCGGAUUCUUGUUUCGCCGGAUUCCCGUUUCGCCGGAUUUACUUUAGUACGUCACAAUCCGUAAGAGAAUCUGACGAAACAAGAAUCUGGCGAAUCGGGAACUAACCAUUUUCUUAACCAAACUAUUUGUGUCGUUUUCAAGCAAAAGGUACCACAUUGUCGCUUGCCAUAAGGACGCUGUGACACUGACAGGUUAUGCGUAUAAGGAUAUAGCAAUUUUCGCCCUUAUAGUUAGCGACAAUGUGGUACCUUUUGCUUGAAAACGACACAUUUAAUGGAGUAUACACAACUGUGCGCUCAAACUUAUUUAGGUACAAUUGAGCUGCAAAAGUGCAUAUACAAUUUAUGAAUGGAAUUCAUUCAUAAAGUGGGUAUUCACUUUUGCAGCUGGAUGUACUUAACAGAAAUGUUAUCCACUGUGCUGGUCCCAAUUAUUCAGUGUAUCACAAACAAUAGCUAUUGAACACCAACACACUUAAAUAACCAUUAUUAAACCUUAAUUCGUUGCAAUAAGGUUUAUGAUAGUCAUUUAACUGUAUUGACGAUGGUACUGUUUUUUUUGUUUGUAUAUUUAAGGCUUGGCCAAACAAACGGCGUGACGCAGCGCCGCGUCAGCAGUCUGUUUGACUUCGCUAACCUGUUAGCAUGGGCGGCGGCGCUGCGUCGAGCCUUGUGUUUGGCCAAGCCUUUACUAUAGUGCAUGUAAACACUGCAUCAUGGAUAGACAACAUGACUUUAUCAUACUGGUGAGGUGUCUGCAGUGCGAACGAUGCAUCGUUAUGCGCAUGCACUCCCACACCAGCGAGCAGUGUCAUUGCUAAGUCUGGUCAUAUGGAUGUAGUUAUGAAAAUCAGUUGCAACUAAAUCCGAAGAGUUACUGAAAUAGCAUUCACCAUUGUUUGAUUAGUAUUGGACUUUAUGAUAUUAACGUAAUUAAAUUAGAUAUCUUUUAUUUUUCAUUUGGCUCCCUACUAAUAGACACUGAACUUUUCUUUGUUAUAUUGAUAGUAAUAUACUAUUACUAUUACUUCAUAAUGUUUUUAAUAGUGAUGAAACAUUCGCAUUGUUUUUUAUUGGUAAAUACAUGAUUAUUUUAGACAUGAACGUUCUUCUCGAAUAAAUUUAUGUUCUAAAUCUA